AUGCAGAGCAAGUAUGCAAAGCUGCCCUUCCUCCCGGAGACCUCCCUGCAGCAGAUAGCUCCCGGGGUGACUCUAUCCAGGCCCUUGUCUCGCAGAGGCUAUGGCCCUGGACUCAUCGUCAUUGUGCCAUCCACCGGGGUCGCUGGCCCCAAUGCCUUGGCAGUUCAAGAUGGCGUCCCCUCACCCAUGAUGAAGUGGGCUGAGGAGAGCUUCGUCGUCGUCGAGAUUGUCGAGAGUACCCUUGAGAGUUCGCAGAAUCCCAUUGGACUGGCUCUCGGUGCGAUCGCCGCAUCGGACGCCACCAAGCCUGCUAACAGCGGCGUUGUGUUGAUUGUGAUCGUCAAGGCUGACACACAGCCAGCCUACACCCCACAAGGCUGGAACCGCGUUGCAGGAACGUUGGCCUCGUUCCCUGAGAUCAAGGGAGCAGCAGUAUAUGGUGACUUGGCUAAUGCUCAAUCACUUGCUGCAUCGCCGGUUCCACUUGUACAGCAUCUUGCGGGCAAAGCGACCGCACUCCUCUCCCGGACACAAGACCUGACGGCAUACGACUAUCCCACUGUGUCGCAUCCUGCUUUCGCUAUCCCCUUCCAUGCCAACUUCGACUAUCCCGCAGAGGGUAUCUCUCAUACCAGAAACCUGACAUUCUUCAAGAAGCUCCUGAAUGGACCUUACUUUGACCUUGAGGCACUCUGGGAUGAGCACACGUACUAUGAGUUUGAGAACCGCUCCCUCGAGUGCACCAUGGGAACAAUGGUUCAGGAGCCAUACGUGAAUCACGUCCCAACUCUCACCGGGGGUAUUGGGCGGGCCAGACUGACCGUGUUCUACCGUGACCACUUCAUCUUUUCCAACCCCCAAGAUAUCGAGACCGUGCUCAUCAGCCGGUCUAUGGGAAUUGACAGAGUUAUUGACGAAUAUCUCUUCAAAUGCACGCAUAACUCACAGAUCGACUGGCUCGCUCCUGGCAUUCCUGCUACGGGAAGGAAGCUUGAGAUCCCCAUGAACGCCGUGGUCAACGUCCGUGGUGAUCGCCUCUACCAUGAGCACAUCUGGUGGGACCAGGGAACAGUCUUGAAGCAGCUCGGCCUGCUCCCAGAUUACUUGCCUUACCCGCAUGCCCUUCCGGACGGGAAGCUACCCGGACCCGGUGCUCACUUGGAGUACCGCGUUCCCGCUGCUGGCAGGGAGGCUGCGCUGAAGUUGGAAGACAAGGACUCGAUCGAGUCCAAUGAAAUGUUCACCUACAAGAUCAGGGAGGCGUCGGGCUGA